GGACUCGGGGAUUCUUUUCACUUGGCUAGUAAUUCGGGAGAAGAAAUCGGACAUAGUUCACACAGUGGAUAUCUCAAGGUCUCCGAGCGACAAAGACCACUCGUGCACCGUCUCGAAGCGUAAAGUUUCAGAAAUCAGUUCUUGGCCGUCGUUGUCUUCGAGAUUCGGACCUCCCCGGUUAUGGCACCCCGGUUGAAUUUAGAAGCGAUUGAGAACCUUCCCCGCACAUUCUACCUUCACGACAACUUCAUCUCGGAAGGAGAGGAAGAGUAUCUCUUGAGCAGGGUCUACGCCGCGCCGAAGCCUAAAUGGACUGAUUUGAGGAAUCGCAGAUUACAGAAUUGGGGAGGGGUCCCGCACAAAGAUAAGGCGCUCUUAUGUUCUGAGAAGAUGCCGCAUUGGCUCGACACGAUCAUCGACAAGGUGGUGGACACGACGGGGCUUUUCGAGGGCUGUCGACCCAACCACGUUCUGGUGAACGAAUAUCAGCCGGGUCAGGGUAUACUCCCUCACACGGACGGACCACUCUACACUCCGAUCGUGGCCAAUGUCUCCUUGGGAUCCCAUACGGUACUGGUGAUAUCGCGGCGAGAAGACCGCUCCGUUGUCGGGAAGAUCUUGCUCAAGCCGCGAUCCCUCCUGAUAACGAAAGAUGAAGCGUAUUCAGAUUACCUGCACGGCAUUGAAGAACUUAAAGAAGACUCGCUUGAUCCUACUGUUUACGCCGCGGAGCCUUCCGGAGAUGGGCCAACAUGUCUCCCUCGAAAAACCCGGGUUUCCCUGACUAUAAGACACGUCGCCAGAGUUGUCAAUGUUGGAUCCGCCAUGUUCCGGUCAUAGAAGGGAAAUCGGCGAGCUAACGGACCCGAGCUCUAUGGGGAUUCUCGUGC